AAAAGUCUCGUGUAAAGGCAUCCUUCCAAGGCACUUGACCGUUGACCACCACAUUCUUGGCCACACUGCCCGCGUCGUCGUAGAUCCAUUUGCCUCGCAAUGCUUGAUGAUCCCAGUAGGCAGCCAGUGCCACUAUAGUCGUCCACAGCGACGGACGCUUCAAGAUAUUCCAAAGGACUCCCAACAUUUAUCUAUCUUCUGGAUUGUACUCUACUAUCUAGCUAGCCUGAGAGAGUAGUGUCUUUGUCGUGGCUUUUUGGUUCGGUUCUUCGAACUCCUUCCAAUUGACCGUUGUAUCCAUUAGAUUUCAAAAAGCCGGCAGGCUGUUUACAUACACAGGUCCCCUUUACCCAAAGCGGUACUAGGCCGGUACCGACAUCGGGAGGUGCAGGUUUCAAGCGCCGAGCCACCGACAAGAUCAAGUGUGCAUGUUUUCGAUCUGGUGUAGAAACCUUACCAAGACCUUCGGCGAACAAGAUCGAAACCAGGAACCACUUCCUCCGACCUUCCCGAGCACAAGAGUGGGACCUAUCGGCAACAACGAUCACCUUCUGCUCACAAAUUGAUUGCAAAAGCAAACAAACCAACUCACAAAGCAACACAAAGUAACACAGAAGAAAAGAAGAACAAAACACUACAAAGACAACAACCAUGACAAUCUCUCAGGAACAAAACGUUGAAAUGAAACAAAAGAUGGACAUGUUGCUUGCAUCGGAUGCCGACCUUCAGCAAGAGGAAACUCCCGUGGCGGUCAACGACAACGAUGCCAAGGCAACCCAGCCAACCCAGCAGCAGCACCCAACUACUACUCGCCAUCCGUUCCAGUUCAUCCCCUUGUCCAUGGGAGGCGGUGGUCGCUCCCAUGUUCCAUCUCCAGGCUCGCGAUACUUGAUGGAACACGAGGUGACUUUGGAGGACUUGCAAACAGUCACGGACAAGUUCUACGAGCUCGCCUUUCAGGACAAGACUCUGGACAAAUUCAUUCGCAGUCACAACGACCCCCAUGGAUCCCGCUUUGCCAAGUGGAUUCAUCAAAAGCUCAGUGGCUCCCAUGUCUGGGAUCAGGAUCGGGCUGCUCGCGGGCGCGGUUGUCCUGUCCAUGACCGAAGUUCGGCCCAUGUUGCGGCAUGGUACUCCCCCAAGCGUCCGGCAUCCGAACGAGGCGAGCAUUUCCAGUUGGAGGAUUGCCGCACAUGGAUGCGCUUACACUUUUGGGCCCUGCGCGAAUCGGGAGUGAUGGAAAAGAGUCCCAGUUUCGCCGAUUACUAUGUCAGGUUCAUUGCCCAUUUCGUGCGUGUCUACGAGUCCACGGCUCCUCCGUUUGCCAGGGAUGCGCUUCGCUGGUCGGCGGAUCCAAAGAAUAUCGAAGAGUACAUUCGUAACGGACGUAAGAUGAAGGACGUUCUUGGUUUGAAUGCUUACACCGCCGCGGACCAGAUCCCUGAGGAUGAAUUGUACGAUCGCGAGUGGCCAUACAACAUGGAAGAGCCCAGCUCCUCAUAGCACCUUGACUCACCUCACAACAAUGAUAUUAUGUGCCCCGAAAGACCCAACAACAACGAACGAGAACGAAGAAAAGUACGAGAGUAUAUGUAUGCGUAAAAAGACGACGGAAGUGCCAAAGAAGAAUCGAAUCUUCAAUCAAAAUAAACAAAGUAGUAGUAAUAGC